UAUAUUUUCGCAUUUAUAAUUAAUUAAUUGACUGGGGGUAUUUACUUAUUAUCAAUAAUUCAAUAUUUCAAAUUACUUUUCAAAAAAUUGCGAUACUAUUAAAAGGUCGUUAAAUUCAUGCUGUUUUGUUUGCUCGCGCAUACCGUAUUAUUCACGAUUUUUCUGUAGAGAAGGGACAACCAUGACGAGCAUGACUAGCAAACUUCUAAUAAUUUUAGUUAUGCAGGUAUUUUUCUACCACAGUCAUGCAGCUUUCUUCAAAAUGACCAAAAUGGAAUGUAAGAAUAUCGAUAAAACCUUACUUCGGCUGAAUGUGUGUCGCCUGAAGGCGGUAAAACGAGACGUUACCGAGGCGACCAUUCGCGUGCACUUACAAAGACCAGUUGACAAUUGCGAUUUGCAUGUGGAACUGCUGCGCAAGUAUACCACAUAUCAGCCCUUCUUUAUCAACAAAACGUUUGAUGCGUGCGAGUUUUUGAGGACACGGAAAAAUGCUGUUUAUUUCGACAUACUAUUCAAACUGCUGGCGAAUUACACGAACGCCAAUCACACGUGUCCUUAUGAUGUCGGGAGAAUUCAUAGUCGAGCGCUUCAGACCGUUUCACAACAAUUUGAUGCUGCCGCUGCCAACCGGUGACUACCUCAUUAAAUUUGUCUUUUAUACCUCAAACGCGAUGAUUUUCCAAUUACUCGUGUGGUUUGGC